GCUAUUUCCAUGUCAUGAGGUCUCAGGGAAACAAACUGACCCUCAGCCUUCCUUCAUCCAGCCAAAUUCUGAUGGGACCCUCAAAUAGCUCUGGCAAAGUGUUCUGUUUCUUUUGGACUUGAUGAAUGCUUGUUUCUGUGAAGACAUGUAAUUAUUUCUUCCUUUAUUUUGCUGCACAAGCUACCAAGAGAAGCAGCUUAAAACUAAAUGCUCAUGGAUGCUUUACUCUUGGAAGUCAGGCAGCUGAAGCUAAUCAAUUUAAAACUGUCUAAAUGUCUUAUCACAUGGAGAACCCCACCAGAAUGACCAGCAAUCACACAGACUGCCAUUACUGCCUGCAGUCUCUUCGUGGAAGGAAGUAUGCUUUAAGAGAAGAAAACGCUUAUUGUGUUGCAUGUUAUGACAGCCUAUUUGCCAACCCCUGUGAAGAGUGCAAGCAACCGAUUGAGUGUGAUUCCAAGGAUCUGGCCUACAAAGGUCGCCACUGGCAUGAGAGGUGCUUCAAGUGUGCCAAAUGCAGUCGUUCGCUGGUGGAGAAACCAUUUGCUGCCAAGGAUGAGGUCUUGCUGUGUACUGAAUGCUACUCUGACGAGUAUUCAUCUAAGUGUUUCCACUGCCAGAAGACCAUUAUGCCUGGUUCCCGUAAAAUGGAAUUUAAGGGAAGUUCCUGGCACGAAUCCUGCUUUGUUUGCCAGUAUUGCCGGCAACCAUUGGGAACAAAACCAUUGAUCACCAAGGACAAUGAGAACUACUGCGUGCCCUGCUUUGAGAAGCAAUUUGCUCACCAUUGCUACUCCUGCAAAAAGGUAAUAACUUCUGGGGGAGUGACCUACCAUGACCAGCCUUGGCAUAGAGAAUGCUUUGUGUGUGCUGGGUGUAAAACCCAGCUGUCUGGACAAAGAUUUAUUUCGAAAGAUGAGCAUCCAUACUGUGUAGACUGUUUCAGCAAAUUGUAUGCUAAGAAGUGUGCUGCUUGCAAGAAACCUAUUACAGCUCUUGGAGGUGCAAAAUUUAUCUCAUUUGAAGAGCGCCAGUGGCAUGGGGAAUGCUUUAACUGUGCAAAAUGCUCUGUCUCACUGGUGGGCCAGGGAUUCCUCACUCGGCAGGAUGAUGUCCUUUGUCAUGAAUGUGGCUCUGCUUCCUAGUUCUGUGGAGAGCUGUACAGCUGCAUUAUUCUCACUCUGUAACGAUGUACUUCAUUAGUCUGCAGUAAGAAAAUCACAUAAAAGGUAUAACAGUUAUUUAGUCAUUCAAGUAACUUUCCAGCAGUAGUUUAAUUCUAUCAUAUUUCUCAACUGCUUAUAAAAAUUUUAAACAGCCCCAUACUGGUUAAGAAAAUAAUGCAGAAAAGAUUCAUAUAUAUUUUAAAUCUAACCACAGUAUGUUUCUCCUUGUAACACACUGCACUCUGCUGUUAGAAGCCUAAAAAUUUACAUUUCGUCUCUCAUGAACCAAGGAGGAUCAUGAAAAGUCUAUAUGGCAUAUGACUAAUGAUGAGGCAUUAGCACUGCUUCACAGAUGCAGACCUUGGUAUGGAGAGCUGGGCAUGUGUAUUCUUCUAUUGAAACAUAACAUUGAUGAGAACAACUUAUAAAUAUCAACUUCCUCCAUACUUCAAGCAAAAAAGGUGCUGAUAAAGCAGGCAGAAAGUGGGAGGAGGGGGCACUUUUACAGAGAGAACCAUCAAGUCAGAAAGGCCCAUUCCAGGGCCAGAUAAAGGGAAAAAAUGUCAUUUUCUUCUCCUUACUGAGAUUGCUCCUCAGAAAUAUAGUCUUUAAAAAACUGAGUGGCAGGGCCUUUCCAAAACUGGUUAACUGUUCUUAAGUUUUCAGGCAUAACUACUUUAGAACAUAAAGCACAUUUUGAGCUACUGUAAGAGGUGAAGAUUGACCAAGAUUGAAUAGUGCUGAUGUACACUUUCCUAUAGCUAAUAUACCUUAAGACUCUGUCUCCAGUGUCUUCACUAGACCUUCAUAUACGCACAUAAAAUACAUAUUUUUAUUAGUAGACACAAGAGCUAACUCAUACUUGUCCCUUUAACCUUGUACUUUUCCUCCCCUCAAAACCCAUUUGCCCACAAUCAGAGGUACUGUUAAUGGCCUUACCUUUUCCACCCUGCUAGGUCUUUGAUUCACAGUCUACCCCUUUUUGUGCAAAUACCUGCUUGUCUAUAGCAAGCUAUAAACUCUUCAGAACCAAUACCCUAUUCAUUUUGCCAUGUGCCACAUGCAUUUGCCAAUAUUAUGCCAAGAAUCGAUAAUGUUGUCAUUGCAAGCUAGGCAGUCCUCGCUUGUAGUAUGAGGUAUUAGUUUCUAGGCAGCUGGCUUUGAGAAGGUUAUAUCUGUUCGCUGAGCCUCAGCACUUAAGUGUCUAUUAUUGAAGGUCAUCUAGAGCUGAGUUACAAGCAUUUAUUUUCUUCCUUCUUCCAUAUUGUAUGUUACAGUGGACUGAUUCAUGUUACAGUGUCUCUACCUGGCUGUUGUGGAUGGUGCAGUGAUAUUAAGAAUGGCAGAUUCUGCACCGCUCAGCACCGGUUUAGUCCUCAUCUCACACAUCUUUAAGUCCUACAUUUUCCUAGACUCUGACCUUAAGUGCAUAGAGCUAUUUGGCUGACUUGAGUGGGAUUUAUACAUACUGAAGACAGCUAUUAUUUUAUGUAGAAAAGUGGGGGGAAAAAAAAAAAAAAGAAAAAAAGGAAAAGGAUAUGUGUGCAUAGCUAAGCCAGAGAUGAAGUGCAGUGACAUAGAAUCAAUAUGGAUAAUGACUGACCAACAAGUACAUAGCUAUCUGUUUUCCAGUCAAUAAAAUAUUGAUCUUUUGCUCUACGUGGUGUUCAUUUCUGGUUUUCGGUUUCUUUUUUCAUGCCAGCUGUUAUUGCAGUCUAGAAUUUGAUUAGUUUAUACCUUUUCAUUUUAGCCCAGCUGCUUCCUUUUCUAUUUUCACAUUUCACAUGGAUGAUACAGGUUCUUGGUAAGACUUGGAUUUCCAUAAAUAGCAAUAAGUUUCAUUGCCUUAAAUAUAUGUGUGUGUAUAUAUACACACACACAUAUAGUGGUUCACAGUUACGUAUGAUGUUCUAAAAAUGUGCAAUGAGUUAUCAGAAAUUAGCCCAUUAGUAAAUGUUAAUUGUCUUAAAAUUUUAAUUGAAAAUGAUGAUUCACCAGAUGCAGGCUUGUCUGUGGAGUGUACCUUUUGUUUGUGUUGUGUGAAAUAACAUUCAGCAAAUCGUAA